CUUACCAACCAUCUGUGCAUGAAAACAAAACGUGAACACAGCCGAAGUGGAUACACAACAUCAUGGGGAGAAGAAAUUCCCUUUCACACUUUCUUUUCAUAAUUUAUUUACAAUUCUCACUGAUUCCCGUAGCAAAACUCUCGUUGGAAGAAGUUUCUUCAACGGAUUUUAGUGCACCUCCAGGUCACUUGGAGCCGCUCGGAUCUCGUAAUGUACAACACUCUCUUGAAGUUAUCAAUGACUUCUUAACUCCUAUGGAGUUUUUCAAAAACUACGUAUCCCCCAUAAAGCCUGUCUUGAUACGAGGAGGAGCAAAAAUCUCGCCGGCCUUGACCAAAUGGACAGACGAAUAUUUCCUUUCUUUACCCGAAUCAAACGAUUUUAAUGUUACUGCAGAACAAAGAAAGAAAGAGAUUCGAACAUUCCCUGCCUACGAUGUGAGCUUCAAGGAGUUUGUGUCAACGUACAGAAAAGAGGAUAUUUACAUGGUUAAUGGUGUCCCUCCUUUCCUUCAGAAAGAUGUAAUAUUGCCUCCACCUCUCUUAUGUAAUGAUAUUGUGAAGGACAAGUUAAUCGACACGGUGAUGUGGUUCAGUAGUGGUGGCACAAAGUCAGUCUUACAUAACGACGAUGUUGACAACAUCAACUGUUUAUUCAGUGGCACCAAGGAGCUUUUAUUUAUAGACUACAAAAAGUACAAGAAACAGGUUCCUAUAGAUUUCCCAUCUGGUGGCUAUUCUGGUGUAGAUGUUGAUCGCGUUGAUUUUGUUAAGUAUCCCAGUUUGAAAGAUGUAGAGUAUUUCAAUGUGACAAUGGAACCUGGUGAUUGUCUGUUCAUUCCUUACAAAUGGUAUCACCAGGUACGGUCAUAUGAUCGUAACAUAGCAGUGAAUGUUUGGUGGAAACACAUACCUGACUUUGUUCCACAAGAUUGUGAUAUGGAACCCAACCAGACAUUGGACAAUUUUAAGUUCUCUUCUCUUGAACAAGAGGCAAGCAAUACCCAAGAGCAAGAGGGUUUUAUGAAAUACAUGAGUGAACUGAUUGCCAAUGGUCAAGUUGGUUUUAGGGAGUUUGAAGACAAAUUGAAAACAGAGUCUGCCAUUGUUGGUGUUGAGCCUUUUGAGUGGAAUGACAAGCUGUCAGCUGUGGCUAGGAAGAUAUUUCAAUUAUUAGACAAGGACAAGGAUGGGUUGUUUUCAAAACAUGAUUUCAAACUAUUGGAAGAGGAUACUUCAGUGGAGAGUGUUGUUGAAAAUGAAUUGGCCAGGAUUGAAGAUAUAAUAGAGGAUCAAGUGGAAUCAAACUAUUCUCUCCAAGAUGAGAUAAAAGAUGAACUUUAACUCAAACCAACUUUCUUUUAUUUUGAUAAUCUUUGACUCCACUCAUCCACUUAGGAUGACUAAAUUGAAAUAAAUUUUAAUUUUUAUUUCCAUAUAAAUGUACAGUAACUAAAAUUGAGAGUUAUUCUUAUAGUUUUGGGGCCCAAUAUCUUCAUUUGAAAAAUGUAUUUUAAAAAGUAAAUAGUUAGUUCAAUAAUUAAGUUAAAGCAGAAGCAGUUUUACAGACAUCCCUGGGACUCAGUUUUAUUACUCUUCCUUUGAAAUCACAGCUC